UUACUUGCUGUAGAACCAGUCUUUACCCGUCUCUCGACUCAGCGUUAUGGAGUACUCAGGAGACCUUGACCGAUACAAAGAGCGAGCGAUUUCUCUGUUAAACGACCAGGUGGGGUGGAAGACCUCGUCUAAAUCAAAGGAAAACAUACUGAUAGAAGCCAAACCCUCUGAACGCCACAACUGUUCCAUCAACCGUCAGACCAUCCAGGUGAAUGCGCCGCUGAAAGUUGUCAUGGAAACGGUGUCCCUCACGCCGGGCUCGAGAAGGACCGAGUGGGAUACGGACGUCCAAGAAGUCCGAGAGAUCCAGCGGAUAUCUGACACGGCCUGGGUGCAGCUGAUCAGGACGAAUGGCCUGGGUGCAGGAGUCAUCUCACCCCGGGAGUUUGUUGACGUCAUACAGACGGUGGAGCAAACAGAAAACAGCGUCAUCAUUACAGGUAAUCAGAUCUGUACAGGUAGGAUGUAG